AUGACUGAUACAGAUGAAUCCCAGGCUUCCAGCUCUGAUUACCCUAAUGCCCAAGAGCUAAUAUGCAGCCGACAGGAGGAACCCUAUAAAGCAUGGGCAUGUGAAGCCAGUACACAAAUGGGGCGUUCAUGUCCAAGGCAGAAGAAUGCUGCACCUUGGGAGUCUGGAGAUGAGCUGAACAGUAUGUGUAACUCAUCUGCUGCUUCAGCUGAGGUGUUACUGGACAGCAGUGAUUCAGAAGGUGACCUCUCUGCCGCUGGUAGCAGUGAGUACCAUCCCAAGUGCUCCACUGCACCUUCAAAGCAAAAAAGAUCUCAGUCUUUGAGGCAACGAGUGGGAUCUGAUGCAGGAGUGCGUGGCAAUGAAAGCUCUUCAGGUUCUUCUCUGUCCCCUCAAAGUCCAGUGAAAUCAUCAGAAACUUCCAAGAAGCAGAAGUCGAAAUUAAAUUUGAAAGCCAUUUUUGCCUAUCACUUCAGGGGAAAGAAGUUUAAGGCUGCAGCACAUCGAAAAUUCAGGAGUGGCUCAGGGAAGAGGAAGAAGAAGGAAAAGAAGGUGGCAAAGGAUGAGAGCACACAGAAGCCUGUAGGGAGGCCACCCCUGACAGCCUCACCUCAAGAGCAAAAGAGAAGGCUUCUAGACAGAGGUUUUCAAUUCCCAUUCGUUGAAGAACAUUAUGGGAAUAAACAUAUUCCCUUAACCAUGGUUCUUGGCUAUGAGCAAGCAGCUGCCAAGGGGUAUUUCCAGUAUAUUGAAAUGCUUAAAUAUGAAGAACAUCUUAAAAAAGCUUUAAAAGCCCUUCAGGCUAGUGAAGACUUAGAAAGAGAAUGCCUGGCAGUACGGAAACAUAAAUACUUGGAUGAUGAAGGCCCCGUUUCCCCAAUUCAGGAAGUGAAUGAUGAUGAUGAUGAUGACGACAACUUGAAUUCUGAUAAUCAAGAAGACCUUGAUGCUAGAGUAGUGGAGAACAGCUCUUUCAUUAUAAGCAGCAAAAUUCCCAGUAAGAAAAAAUCAAAGUCAGAAACAAAACGUGCAAAAUCAACUGAAGUGAUAGAAAUAGAGGAUGAAGAAGGCUGCUGCUGA